UUCUCUUCAAGGUAUUGCGUCAGCCUUUUGCUAAUAACAUGCACCGUACGCGCAUCGAGCACCCAAAUCGAAUCCACCCAGCGCACGUUAGAGAAGACUACCCUCUUCCCGGAUAAACCCUAUCAAUAUCAUCCUCUCCUCCCCAUCCCCUAAAACCUUAAACCCUCGAAAUGGCUCUCAUUUCUCCGUCCCUCAAACUCAACUUCUCAAAUCCAAAAAUUCCCAAACUCUCUAAUCCUAAUCCCACUGUCAAUCUCCUCCGUCCAUUAAUCCCAUCUCUACCCUCCAAAACCCCCACAAAUUACCAACUCUGCCCCUGGAAAACCCUAAUUUCCACCUCCAGAAGCUACAGAAAUCUCACAGCUUCCUCAUCUCUGCGGUUUCUGGAAUCCGAUGAAGACGUCGGAUCUUCGCCCUGGGAAGGCGCUGUUAUUUACAGGAGAGACUCUGCUGUCACGCAUCUCGAGUACUGCACGACCCUGGAGAGGUUAGGGUUAGAGAAGCUUUCAUCCGAGCUGUCUCGAUCUCGAGCGUCGGAUAUGGGGCUGCGGGUGACAAAAGGCGUGAAGGACUAUCCUCAUGGGACGCCUGUUCUGAUCUCCGUUGACGUCACAAGGAAAAAGAAGAAAUUGAAGCUCGACGGAAUUAUCAGGACCGUAAUUACCCUCGGCUGCAACAGGUGUGCCGAGCCAGCAACAGAGUGCACGUUCUCCAACUUCACGUUUCUGCUAACUGAAGAACCUAUAGAAGAACCAGAUAAGAUCUUUAUGGGAAAUAUCUUCGGAGACGACAAAUUCAAUACUUCUGGUGGGAGCAGUGAGGAAGUAGACGAAGAUUCAAUUGACUUGGAUGACCAGUUCUAUUUCCCUGCCGAAGAGAAAGAGAUCGACAUCUCGAAGCAAAUACGGGACAUGAUACAUGUAGAGAUUACUAUAAAUGCAAUAUGCAAUGCUAACUGCAAAGGGCUGUGUUUGAAAUGUGGUGUGAAUUUGAAUAAGGGCCGUUGUAAUUGUAGCAAACAGAAGGCAGAAGGGAAGGAUAUGGUCUUCUCGGAAACAUGAGAAAGCAAUUGCAGCAAACAGAUAUAUUGUUUUGGUGCUGUUUUAUUGUAAGUUAGCGUUCCCAGCUUUGAUAGAAAUCCAUGUAUUCAUGAGGAAAGUAUAUGAGCAUUGGUUCAUCCGCCCUGAUUCCGUA